AUGCAUUUGAUUCGUAGACUGCUUUGCGUGCAUUCCUUUCUUCUGACAACUCAUAUGACCACCACCAGACAUGAAGGCGCAGUCGGUGCUAUUUUCUUGCCUCAUUAUAAUACGGUCUCUCAAUGGAUUUCAAGUAUUAAGAAGUAUUCUGAGCAGAUGGCCUACAAAGAAACUAAAAAUGAUAAUUCCUUAUGUGCCUUUGUUUCUUGCAUACCUUUCCACAUACCUGUAAUGAAGUAUGAAAAUAGAAACACAAGCAGCUUCCUGAAAUAUUGUGUGCUUCAUGUUUAUCCUCUUCCACAUCUCACAUGGAAAUGCUUUUGUCCCUAAAUCACUAAAGGAGGAUUUAAUUAUUUGGAUUCAUUCUAUAUCAACAGUAUGGUGAACAUUACAGGAUCAAACUCAUCUUAUGAAUGUAGUAUUGAAAGCUCAUUGCUAAAGCAAACAUGGAUAGGGUGAUGGAUACUGAAAGAGAACCUUCAUAAGCUGCAAGGUGAACACAUUUCACUCUCAUAUGAAAUUGUCAGACGUCUUUUUCCACCUAAUCAAAACUUCAAUGUUACUUGGUGCAGAAUAGAAAAUAGGAAUUCCUUUAUCUUGGUUUGCUAUUGGAGCUCUUCACAAACUGCUACUAUUAAUGAAUCUUGAUUCUUGUGGAACAAAAAACUGAUAAAUGACUUAAGAGAUCUUAGUCCUUCAGACAGUGGAAAAUAUUUAUGCAACAUUUUUUCAAGUGAACGAACUUUAUUCACUGUCUACUAACUGCAUGUAGAUCAGUUGCAGUUGCAAGUAGAGUUGGCUAGUGGGUUAUGA